CAGGGCAGUUUCACUGGACGGCUUUGCAGAGCUGUGCCAUUUGAUUUUCAGCACAGACAUCCACACACUGUGCUCUCCAUUUCUGGCGUGUCUCCCAGCGCAGAGUUUAGCUGAGGCUCGGGUUUAGUUUUCCCUCCUCUCUCUCCCUGCAGUGACAGCGUCUCCCGGCUCUGCUAGCCAGGACUCCCAAGCAGUCAUGGAGGAUACUACUCUGCAAAUUAUCGAACCACCAACUGCUUCUGAGGCCUCAGAGGAGCAAGUGCCUGAAGAACCCAUCAAAUCAGACCAGAUCAAUGGUGUGAUGGUGCUGACCCUUCUGGACAAGAUCAUUGGAGCAGUGGAUCAGAUCCAGCUGACCCAAACACAGCUGGAGGAGAGACAGCAAGAGAUGGACAGCGCAGUGACCAGCAUCCAAGGCGAAUUAACCAAGCUGACAAAGGCACAUACCACCACCAGCAACACCGUGAACAAGAUGCUGGAAAAAGUGCGCAAGGUGAGCGUCAAUGUGAAAACCGUUCGGCAGAACCUGGAAAAGCAAGCUGGGCAGAUAAAGAAGCUAGAGGCCAACGAAGCGGAGCUCCUGAAACGCAGAAACUUCAAAGUCAUGAUCUACCAGGAUGAAGUGAAGCUCCCGUCGAAACUGAGCAUCAGCAAGUCUCUAAAGGAGGGCGAAAAGCUGGAGAAGGAAGGCGAGGGCGAGGAGGUGCCUGUGGGUGAGGACCAUGCAGAGGAGGACCACGUCCAGCUCUCCUCGGAUGAAGAGGUGGAGAUUGAAGAGAUUAUCGAAGAGUCACGGGCAGAGCGCAUCAAGAGGAGUGGCAUGAAAAGAGUGGAUGACUUUAAGAAGGCAUUUUCAAAGGAGAAGAUGGAGAAGACUAAGCUAAAAACCAAGGAAAACCUGGAGAAGACCCGCCAUAACUUGGAGAAGACCCGUCACAACCUGGAGAAGAGGAUGAACAAACUGGGCACCAAGAUUGUGACUAACGAAAGGAGGGAGAAGAUGAAGACCUCUCGGGACAAGCUGAGGAAGUCUUUCACCCCUGACCACACCAUCUAUGCCAGGUCCAAGACGGCCGUCUACAAAGUGCCGCCCUUCACUUUCCACGUCAAGAAAAUAAGAGAGGGUGAGGUGGAAGUGAAGGCCACAGAGCUGGUGGAGACUGGUGGAGAGGAGGGAGAAAACUCUGACCUGCUGCGUGGGGAGAGCCCCGAGAUGCACACGCUGCUGGAGAUCACCGAGGAGUCCGAUGCGGUACUGGUGGACAAGAGUGACAGCGAGUAGGACAGGCUGCGGCGUGGAAGGGUUGUGGACGACGGCUGAACACAUAAUCAUUCACAUUUCAAGAUCUCUCUCUGCCCUGGCGCCCCAGGGAAAGUGUACACACAAUGCAUCUUUACUACCCUGCAGAGCCGACGCCGAUCCCCUGCCUGCUUGGACAAGGUGUAUUUUAUAUUUUAGUUUUAGCACACAGAAACGUUAGGAACACGGGACUGUUUUUCUUACACUGUUAAAUCCCCCUUGGAGACCAUUCCUGCCGCAGGCUGCGUGAGACCCUUCUAGCACCAGACCUGAAGAUGGGCUUUGAGUGACGGGGACCCGGCCCAGCCGCAGAGUGCUAAAACCAAGAUAACGGCUGUACACCUGGAAAGCUCAAGCGUCCUCCAUAAGCAAAGACCUGGUGUCAAGAAAGCUUCCCGCCGCGCAGCCCGCCGGCCCGGCUCCCUGUGCCGGGCUGCGCGCCCAUCCCCGCGGGCUGCCGGACUCCCAGCACCCAGCACCCAGCCCGGCCGCCCCGUCGGGGGAGCGGAGGGACCGCGGCUCACCCGGCGCGCGGGAGGGAAGAGCUGGGCGAGCCCCGCCGACGGGCAGCGAGCGGGCGAAGCCGAGCCAGGCGCGCGGCACGCGGCGGGGCCCGCUCCCCGCUGCCCUCCCGAGCACCCGGUUACGCGGCGGCGCCUCGGCCGGCUCCGCCGCCGGUGCCGGCACACGCAGCACGCGGCCGGGGCCGUCGCCUCCCCAGACCCGGGACCGGCAGCCACACACUGCCCUGCCCCGGUUACGGGCCUGGCUCCCGCGGGCCCAGUGGCCACGGGCAAGUCCUUGCCGGGGCAGGGAGCGCCGCGGAGGUGGGUGCUGGACCCCGUCCCUCCGCACCCGCAGGGGCGGUGGCAGCGAGGGACGGGGGACGUGCAGGCAGCGGGGCCAGAGCAGCCGCCACCGGCUGCAGCUCGUUCCCAGAGAUGGGGUGCGCUGGUGCCGCCUGGGGCUCCCAACACCGGUCCAGCACCAGACCUUGAGCAUUUCUGAGCAUCUGCUUCCCCGCGGGGGUCUCGGCGCGGCCCAGGCUCGUGCCCACGUCCUGCGCUUUCCUCCCCGCUUUCCCCCGCUUCGCCCCGUCCCCUGCAGCGAGGCAGCGCAGGUUGAGGGCUCGGCCCCGGCCCCCCCGGAGCCCCGGGGGCUUCUCCCGAGCCAGGGCCCGCGGGGCUCGGCCCUUCCCCGGGAGCUCAGCCGCCCUCCCGUGCAGCCCCCGGCAGCAGGGACGGCCGCUCUCGCUGACAUAACCGAGUAUAUAAACUUGCUUUUCCUCUCUGAAUUAUUUCCCUUCUUACUGUCUAGCGCAUCCCGCCUGGCCCCGGCCCCACGGUCCCAUCCCGGGGUCUGCACCGGUGCCCGGGAGGAGCAUCCCCGGGGCCGCGCCGCCGCCGACCCCGGAGACGGUCCCGGCGCCGGUGCCGGUGCCCAGUGCCCGGUGCCGGUGCCCGCCCGCGGCGGGCUGGGGGGCGGCAGCGGCGGCGGUUCCCAGAGCAACGUGGGCCCCGGGCCCGGGGGUCGCCCGCCCCUGCAGAGCCUCCCGCGGGCCCACGGGCGGAUUCCACGGAGCCGCGCGGCGGGAGCCCGGACGAGCCCCCGGCCGCGUCCCGGCGAGCAGCGCAACUAAUAAAGUCUCUUUUCUAAA